CCCGCCCCUGCUCUGCACAGGGGAGCCGAGGAGAGUAAAUACAACAGGAGCGCAAAAUGGCGGAACCGCCGAGCCCAGUGCGCGGCGCCGCCACGACCGCCGCUGCCGCCUCGGAGAAAGAAACGUUCGGCAAACUGCAGCCCUCUUCCCGGGACCCACUGGGUUCUCUGUCUGCCAAGAAGGUCCGGACUGAGGAGAAGAAGGCGCCGCGGAGAGUGAACGGAGAAGGGGGCAGCGGCGGGAACAGCAGACAGCUGCAGCCGCCGGCGGCACCUUCGCCUCAGAGCUAUGGUAGCCCCGCGUCUUGGAGCUUCGCCGCUCUGUCGGCUGCCCCCUCCCCGUCCUCUUCUCGGAGCAGUUUCUCUUUCUCCGUCGGCACGGUCGUUCCCUCUUCAGCCUCCGCUUCCUUGUCUCAGCCAGUGCCGCGCAAACUGCUGGUCCCUCCUACGCUGCUGCACGCUCAGCCUCACCAUCUCCUGCUGCCGGCCGCCGCUCCCGCGGCCAACGCCAAGUCGCGCAGACCUAAGGAGAAGAGGGAGAAAGAGAAGAGGAGGCACAGCCUCGGCGGGGCGAGUGAGGCCGGCGGGGCCGCCCGGGAGGAGAACGGCGAGGUGAAGCAGCUGCCGCGAGAUAAAAUCAAAGACAAAAUUAAAGAGAGAGACAAAGAAAAAGAGAGAGCGAAAAAGAAACAUAAAGUAAUGAAUGAGAUCAAGAAAGAGAAUGGAGAAGUAAAGAUUUUGCUGAAAAGUGGGAAGGAGAAACCAAAAACAAAUGUAGAAGACUUACAAGUUAAAAAGGUAAAGAAGAAAAAGAAAAAGAAACACAAAGAGAAUGAAAAACGGAAGCGUCCAAAAAUGUAUAGCAAAUCUAUUCAGACCAUCUGCUCAGGAUUGUUAUCUGAUAUUGAAGAUCAAGAAGCCAAAGGAAUUCUAAGUGAUAGCAUCAAGGAUUACAUUGGAAGGAAUUUGGAUACUAAGAACUAUGAUCCCAAAAUUCCAGAGAAUAGUGAAUUUCCAUUUGUCUCAUUAAAGGAGCCACGACUUCAGAAUAACCUGAGAAGGUUGGACACUUUGGAAUUCAAACAACUCAUUCAUAUUGAGCACCAGCCCAAUGGAGGUGCAUCAGUUAUCCAUGCCUACAGUAAUGAACUCUCCCACCUGUCUCCUGUGGAGAUGGAGAGGUUUGCAGAAGAGUUUGUGAGUCUAGUAUUCAGUGAAAAUGAAAACUCUGCAGCUUUCUAUGUAAUGGGUAUUGUUCAUGGGGCAGCUACUUAUUUACCUGACUUUUUAGACUACUUUUCAUUUAAUUUUCCCAAUUCGCCAGUGAAAAUGGAGAUAUUGGGAAAGAAAGAUAUAGAGACAACAACUAUGUCUAAUUUUCAUGCUCAGGUAAAAAGAACGUAUUCUCAUGGUACUUAUAGAGCUGGCCCAAUGCGACAAAUAAGCUUGGUGGGAGCAGUUGAUGAAGAAGUGGGAGAUUACUUCCCUGAGUUCCUCGACAUGUUGGAAAAUUCACCAUUUUUAAAAUGUACACUGCCAUGGGGGACACUAUCUAGUCUAAAAUUAGAGAGUAGAAAAGAUAGUGAUGAUGGUCCCAUCAUGUGGGUGCGUCCAGGAGAACAAAUGAUCCCUGUGGCUGACAUGCCAAAGUCACCUUUCAAAAGGAAAAGAACUACCAAUGAAAUAAAAAACCUUCAGUACCUACCUCGAACCAGUGAGCCCCGUGAGAUGCUCUUUGAAGACAGGACAAGAGCUCAUGCAGAUCAUAUAGGACAGGGUUUUGAACGACAGACUACAGCUGCUGUUGGAGUGCUGAAGGCUGUGCACUGUGGAGAGUGGCCUGAUCAACCCCGAAUAACCAAAGAUGUAAUUUGUUUUCAUGCUGAAGAUUUUUUAGAAGUCGUUCAACGAAUGCAAUUAGAUUUACAUGAACCUCCGCUGUCCCAGUGUGUCCAGUGGGUUGAUGAUGCAAAACUUAAUCAACUGAGGAGGGAAGGCAUUCGCUAUGCCAGGAUUCAGCUGUAUGAUAAUGACAUUUAUUUUAUUCCAAGGAAUGUUGUUCAUCAGUUCAAGACUGUUUCAGCUGUAUGCAGUUUAGCGUGGCACGUUAGGCUCAAAUUAUAUCACUCAGAAGAGGAUACUUCCCAGAGUACUCAUGAAACAGGAACAUCACCAGAUUUUGCAUCAUCAGUUCCUGGACCUCACACUGACACCACCAUUUGUGCUGUAAGAAAAUCCUCCUUGGAUUCUGUUUUUUCAGACAAACUUCAUUCUAAAUAUGAAUUACAGCAGAUUAAACAUGAACCUACUACAUCUGCAAGAAUCAAGGAAGAACCUGUGAAUGUUAAUAUUCCUGAAAAGACUAGAGCAUCGAAUAACAUGGAUGGCAAGAAUGUGAGAACAAAAUUGGAUCAUGUUCAAUUUGCAGAAUUUAAGAUUAACACGGAUUCUAAAUUUGAAAAUAACAAAGAUUUAAGGGAAGAAUUGCACUCUGGGAGUCUCAUUAGUCUGGUUGAUUCAAGGCAGCAUAGUUCAGCACACUCAAAUCAAGAUAGAAAAGAUGAUGACAUUUUGUGCUGAAUUUGUACAUACCAUUUAAAAUUCUUUUUUUAAAAAAAUUUAAUAAUGUAAUAAAGAUUCAUGAAUUCUGAAAGCAAGCCAAGGACUUGCUCCCAAGUCUGUUACAAAAUAUAGUGUAUGUAGCUUUGUAACAUUCCUCAGUGCCUGUCCAUAACUGUGAAGUAUCAAGCACUUAGGGCCAGAUGCACUGUAAACAUUGCAGGUUUAAAUUUAAAAAAAGUCUUUAAAAAAUCAUUUGAGUUGGAGUUAUAGGUUUUAGAAUAGAGCUGGCAUUAACGUAUAUAUAUAUAUAUAUAUUUUGUAAUAUGAGCCAGAAUUCUCUUUUGACAAUUUAAGGCUUUUCCAUAGAGCUUAUUUAUACCAUUUUUUUUUAAUUUUAAAUGUGUCAGCACUGUAGUGUAAAUAGCUUUUUAAAAAUCUUUUUAGUGUGAUUUAUACUGAAAUGUGAGCCACUUAAUAAAGGUUCAUAAUAAUAAAUAUGUUUUCUGUUGGGUCUGCAAAGACAAA